AUGGCACCCAGCAGUGGAUCAUUGGUGAUAUAUUUAGAUCCACUCCAACCUAAACGACAAACCUUGUGCCUCACUGUUAAAGGUAUAUCAGAAAUAACAGCAUCAGUGAAUCCUGCACCUAGUUCUGAUCCAGAUGUUGUAGUCUCAUGUUCAGCCACUGGUAAACCGGCUCCAACUAUCUUCUGGAAAUCUGCAGAGAAAGAGUUGAACAACUUUAGGUCAAGUAAUUUCACAACUCUCAACAAAGACCGUUCAACCAACAUUACGAGCAACCUCACGCUUCCACUGUCACAGUUUCAUGGGAAGUACGUGGAAUGUGUUGCUCAGAGUGACGGCAUAUUGAAGAGCGUCCAAAUCUUUGUGCCUGAUGAAAAUAAUAAAGUGAACAACGGUCCAAGAAGUUACAUUGUUACAAUUUCAGUACUCAUUAUCAUGACUGUUGUGGUUCUUGUCAUUAUUGCCAUCUGUCUUCACACCAGACUAAAGAGAGCUAUUUUUGGGAUAAAAUCUACUUAUGAGGAACCCCUUAAUGCCCCAAACGAGGAAUGUUAACUUUGCUGCUA